AUGAAUAUCUUAAAUCAAAAAUAAAUACAAGAAGCAUCCGAAACAAUAUGUAAAGCUCAUAAUCAAGAAUUGAUUGCAGUUGAUCUAGACUUGUCAGAUAAGGCAUAAAUAUAAUUCUUUUGUGGUAAAUGUUUAGUUGAGAAAAUUAAUAACCAUAAAGUGACCACCAUUGAGUAAUCAAAGGAGAGAAUCUAAUAAAUUAAGAUUUAAUAAAAAGAAAUCAAAUCUAAAGAAAAUCAAGCAAGACUCAACUAUUAUAAAAACAUUUUAGAUUAAAUUAUGAAUUUUAAAUAAUCAAUUGAUGAUUCUUUGGAAAAGAUGUAUAAAUAAAUAUAAUAAUACAUAUUCCCAAUUUAAAAAGAAAAAUCAGAAUUAUAAGAAUUUGAAUAAUAACUAAAUUACUUUGAAGAUAUAAAAUAAUUAUCUGAAUUGUAUUCUUAAGAGUAAUAGAAAUCCCCAAAAUUAAUAGAGGAUAAUCAUUUUAUUAAUGAAAUAUAAAGACAAUUUGAGCUUUUAUUCAAUAACUCUGAAUACUUUUAGACGUUAGAUACAUUGAAGAGUACAAAAGAAAAAAUUAAAGAUAUUAUGGAAAAUAAUGUAAUUGAAUUAAUCCCUUAAUUUAUAACAAAAAAUGAUUCAGUAUCUUAUAUAUAUUAUAAGUAGAAAACACCAAGUUUAAGUAGAAUUUGUAGUAAUCAUAAAAAGGAAAUAAUUAUGAUUGAUAUGGAUUCUUAAGAAAAGAACAUUGAAGAUAGAUUUGCAUGCGUUGAUUGCAUUUCUGAGAAUCCAAAUACAAAGUAUUAAACAAUUGAAAAUGUGGAUAAAUAAUGGAAGGAAUAUAACACAGAAACUGAUAGGAUUUUAAAGGAAUACAAAAAUGAAAGUAAAGAAAAAAAAGCUGAAUUAUUUAACUAAAUAGCAUUAAUGAGAAAGAAUUACAAUAAAAAAUUAAAUGAAAUAAGUGAUAAAUUAAUUUCAGAAUAAUUUUUAUGCAUGGAUAAAACUAAUUAAUCAAAUUAAAUAAAAAAGAUUUCAAUUUAAGCAUUAGGUGAUGAACAAUUGUUGAAGGAUUUAAAGUAGUUAAUUGAUAAGGAAAAAGAAAAAGUAUCAUAGAGCCAAAUAAUAACAAAUUAAGUUAAUAAAGACACAAUUUUCAAAAAAGAAAUUCAAAAUCAUUUAGAAUCUUUGCAAUAAUAUGAUUAAUAAGAUAUUUAAACAUCAUUGGAUAUACUGAAGGAUAUUACAAGUAUAAAUUUAUUAAAUUGUUUAUAGUUGAAAAGAGUUUAAUUAUUUAACUAACUGAUAUGAUAUAAGAAAUUUAAAAAUGUGGUUAAAAGGAUGAAAACUACAAAAACCA